AUGGAUCAAGGUCUGACGUCAAGAAUAAGGAAACAAAUUAGUGAGACUCCUGCUAUUGUUUAUAGCAAAACUUAUUGCCCUUAUUGCCAUAGAGCUAAAGCAUUACUAAAUGAGCUCGGGGUAAACUAUCAAGUAGUAGAAUUAGAUGUGAUAAGUGAGGGAGGAAAUAUUCAGAGCAGCCUUUAUGAGAUUACAAAUCAGAGGACUGUGCCAAAUAUAUUUAUUAAAGGAGAGCAUAUAGGGGGAUACAGUGAUUUAGUGCAAAAAAGAGAGAAAGUAGCCAGACAAACCGCUAAGCUUUAA